AUGGAAACAGCCGCCUCAGGGCGGCAAACCCCAAUACAGGAGAAAGUACAAACAAUAUCGGUCCAAUCAAUCGGGGAAUCAGGAAAAUCAAUGAGCAACAUUUUGACCGAAUUGCAGGUAAGCACAUACAAUACACUCCUACCUUCCUUGCUAGUUUAUCUUGAAAAUAAAGUAAAAAUGUUUAAAGCGGGAAACUUAGCUGCCUAUGUUAAAGAAUGGCAAGCUUUAACGUCGGAUCCAGAAAUAAUGGAGAUACUGACUGGUCAGAGAAUUGAAUUCUCUGAAAUUCCUGUACAGUCGAAAACUUUGAUGAAUGUAAAAUUCACAGAGGCACAAACCAAACUGGUAGAUCAUGAAAUUGGAAAACUCCUUAACAAGGGUGUUAUUGUGUCAUGCACACGCGAAGAGGGAGAUUUUGUCUCUCCAAUUUUUACCCGUCCAAAAAAGGAUGGCACUCUUCGAAUGAUCUUGAAUUUAAAAUCACUUAACACGUUUAUUACCUAUUACCAUUUUAAAAUGGAGACUGUCUGGUCUGCAAUAAGGUCAAUGACCCCUGGAUGCUAUAUGGCUUUCAUAGAUUUAAAAGAUGCCAAUCCAUGCACCCAGAGAAGUCUACUUAUUCCUACACACCGAAUUGUGUUUUUAGGCUUUGUCCUGGACUCCUUAAAGAUGUGUGUGUCAUUGACACCUGAAAGGGCUCAAAAAAUUAAUUGA